AUGGCCAUAAAGAAAUCUAUCGUAAAGUUGUUUGAGAAGGCGGGCGAGGUUGGUUCUCAGCCAAAUUUGGUGAAAAUGCUUAAAGAUAAAUUUAUUGAAAUGAAUUGGGUGGAAUUUUUUGGACUGUUCAUUGAUGCAACUAUGUCUGUUAUAGUUGCACAAACCACCAUCCAUUGUGUAAAUGUUAACAAUAUGAUCAAGUUUGCUGCUCAUGGUCUAUCUGUAUUAUCUAAAUACUCAACCCGGGACGGCCGUAGUGGUUUGUAUUUGAUAUCAGAGUUUUUUCAAUUGUGUCGUAGAUAUGGAAAUGCCAACGAAAAAGCUAUUAGAUGGAGGUUUUGUCUAUUGCUCAACCACUUGUUGAAUCACAUGACUUCAGAAUCAUUAUUAUCUGUAGAACUAUGCGAUGUUGCUACAUUAUUGUUGUUGGAACGUUUACAAGAUAAAAAACCAGAGGUUCGAGCACAAGCUACACAUGCUCUACAUAUGUUACAACUACCAAGCAAUCCUAAAUGUCCCRUCAUUAAAAAAUUCAUGUUCCAUAUGACUUGUGAUUCUAGCGUUGAAGUUAGGAUAGCUAUUGUUAAACAAAUUGCAAUGUUAAACAGUGUUGUUGAUGAAAUGUUGAAGAACACAUUAUUUGAUGUCAAUGAUAAUGUUAGAAAAGAAGCUUACAAUCGUUUUUUGGAUUAUCCGUUUUUAAUGUUAUCAUCAAAACAAAGACAAACAUUAUUGGAAAUAGGAUUGGAAGAUAAAAAUGAAUCCAUUAAAUCAUUAGUAAAUAAACGGUUGUUGAAUAGAUGGUUAAAUGAAUCCAAGUAUUUAACCACCGAGAAAAAAAUUGAAUUAGCACGCAACCAAGGACAUGUUGAUGAUGAUUACAUAGAUGUUUUAUUACCAGAUUUAGUAAAGUUUUCUGAUUAUGUACGCGAUUAUUAUUUUAAUUCUCCAAAUAGUAAAGAAUUUAUAUUGGUACAAUUGUUGGAUAUGACUAGUGCAUUUGCAAUAGACGAUGUAGGGGCAGAAAGUCUAAACAAACUUUGCUUAGAUUUAAUAUUGGAUGAUAAYAUGUCUGUAAAACCAAUCAAAUCUGUGUCAGUAUUGUUAGGUUUGACUUUUAAAAAUGGUCAAGAUCUUUUAAACUACGUUAAACAAAUUUUAAAUAAAAUUCAAACAAAAACAAUUGAUGUAUACCCUUUAAUGGAUAAAGUCGGUUCAAAAGAAUUGCUUGAACAUCAAUUACAAUCACAAACUAAUAAAAUUGAAGAAUUGUUAAAAAAUGAAUCUUCAGAUACAGAAGAAAUAGAAUUAUUAAUAAUUAAAUUGAAGAAAUUAAAAAAAGAGUWUAAAGAAAUAAAUGUAUUGCCAGAAGAAAAGAUAUUAGUAAAUAUGGCCGUGAAAAAUGUACUCAAAGUCUUUGAACUGGUUUUUCAAGUACAGCAGUUACCAAAAGUUGGUGUUGAACUUUCCCUAUUAACAGAUAUUGUUCAAAACAUUGUUGUUGGAUACUUGGAUUGUUCAAUGGUAAACGUCCGAAUGGAAGCAAUUCGCUGUCUUGGACCUUACUUAUUGGUAAAUAAUGUUCCUGCAGCCAAAGUGCACAUGAAUACUUUAUGUGGGGAAAUAGCGAAACCUAUGACUGAUAGACACUUGUUAUUCCAAAUAAUGUUUGAACUGUUCUUGCGUUAUGAUCUCAAAACUUUUGAUAUGAAUGAUGACUUGGACACAGAUGAAGAAUAUGAAGAUGAAUUUUGUGUUGACAAUAUUUUACCAUUACUAGUUAACUGUAUUGAUUAUGAACUUGAUGAUAGUAGUUUCAAGUCAGUAGUUGUAAAAGGUUUUUGUGACUUAUUAAUAUUUCAAAAAGUCAAGUCCGUCAAUUUAUUAUCUAAACUUUUGAUAAUAUGGUUUAAACGUUUAUCACGUAGAACAUUCAAUAUAUACAACCAUUUGGUGAAAUUCUUUACAUCUUAUGUGUUUUAUAUUGAUUCGAGUAGUAGUGCAUUGGCCAUGUGCUAUGUUCCAGUGUUAAAAGAGAUCCAUGAAUAUGAUUUAGUUGAAAAAUUGGAUAUUAAAGUGGAUGAAGUAAACUCAACUUUAAUGAACCUCACUCGAGGACUCAUGUACAGAAAUGAAAAAAAGGCCAUUAACGCUCAUGGUGAGCUGGCAUGUUACAUACUUGAUUAUUUAUUGGAUGAAAAUCAGCCCUAUACGGCUAUGUUAGUAGAUACCCUGUAUAAGUUAGAAAUUAAUUUUGACAAUAAUGACGAAUUGAUUGAUACAAUUGGCCCAAAAUUGCUGCGUAAAAAGGAGUCUUUUAUGAAAAAAAAUAAUAAAAAGAAAGUUGAAGCCACUGAAAAGGAAGUAGGUUCCAUUGAAAAAGAAGUUGAUUCAGUAAAGGAACUUGAUGUCACUGUAACGGAUAUAGAGCAGACUCAAGGCCCUUCGACCAUCAACCAAGAACCGGACGUGAUAGAAGCUCAUGAAGAUUUGUUUUCACAAGAAAAUUUAACUGUGAUCAGUGUGAUCCAGAGUAGUGAUGAAGAAGACAGCUUAGAAGGAUUCCAGACUACAAAACUGGAUGCAAUGAAGCGUAUGUCAGAAGUUUUCAAAAGAAGUUUCAACGCAAAUGUUAAUACAUAUGAAUUAACUUCAGAUGAUAGUGAUUAA